GGGAUAUUCACCAACUAUAAUCUUGCCUAUGAGGUGCAUUUCUACCGGGUGUGAAUUAGGGACUUGUCCGAGUUGGUCAGGGAUUUACCGUUCUUAUUCUUUGGGUUCACGCUUUCGAUUACAUUUCCAUAUCCAUUCAGUAUUAAUCUGACGUCUAUACAGUGGGCGACACAUUCAUUGUCGAAAUGGCUCCAAAUAGAAAAACUGAUGCUUAAACAAAAAAUUGAGACUGUUGAUGUUCACAAUAAGGAGAAGUUAAGUGUAAGGAACUUAUCCAAGCGUUUUAAUAUUGGAAAAACAGAAGCUGCAGAUAUAAUUAAGCAUAAAGAAAUCCUUCUAAGGAAAUGGAUGUCGAACAGCAAUUUGAAUAAAAAAAUAAGCUUUUUAACGGGUGAUGGUUCAAAAACUGACAAAUUGUGUUAUGACUGGUUUAUAGCAGCUCGUCAUAAGGGGAUUCCUUUGACACAAGCUUAUUUCCAAUACUCAUGAAAGCAGUCCUCAUCUUGAUGCAUCCAUAUGUCAUGCGAAGGCUAGUGGCAGAUGUCAGGCAAUUGUAAACAGAAAAUCUCAGCUGUAAUGCAAAAACGUGGUUCUAAGACAUUUAAAAAUGGGCAAGAAAGCAAAGAAACGUGAUAAAAUUACUGUAGUAUUUGACGAAGAAAAAAGAAGAGAAUUUCUAACUGGGUUCAGAAAAAGGAAACUGGAACGUAAGAAAAAGGCUCAGGAAAAAUUUGAGAGAGAGCUAUUGGAAGAAAGGAAACGAAUAAAGAAAGAAGCUAAAGAAUCUUAUAAGAAAUUAGUAGCCUCACAUAGACCUAUACCUGAAUUAGAAAAAUAUAUGCAGCGAGAAUAUGAGGAGGAUGAUGUUACUGUGAAGGUGCUCGAUUUUUCAACUAGUAUUAACAAUAAUGAUAGCGACUCAGUUACAGUGAAGGAACAGGAAACUGGUGAACAUGAGGAUAGUGAAGAAGUACCAGGGAUGGAGCUGAAAAGAAAAGUUAAUGUUGCUAAAAGGAAUGUGCAAGCUGUCUCUCACAUUUUAUCAAAGAAGGAUAUAAAAAAAGCUGUUAAACAAGAAGCAACAAAAUCUGUGAAGAAAAGCAAAGUAUUCCAAAAGAAAAAUAAGCUUGAGAAACAGAAGGCAAUAAAGAAGUCUUUGCAGAUGAAGAGAGACAAACUGAAAAAUGCUAAAUUGAAAGGUAGACAUAAUAAGAAGAAUUUUAAAAGCAAAACGAGGAAUAAUCAGCUGUGAUCUCUUAGCAGAUACAUGAGAUAUUACUUUGUAACAAUUUUAUAAUAUUAAACCAUUUACAAUUUAUGUUUUUCUCGACCUUUUAUUUUUGGCUAUAUUGUAACACUGGUUGCCUAUACGUGUCAAAGCAUAAAACAAAAAUAUUAAAUUCAAUUGGG